AUGCACGCUGUCACCCUCCUUCUCCCCAUCCUUGCCGUUCUGGCACAGGCUUCUCCUCAAUCUGCACCCAAGACCAAUGAUUUCGCCGCAAUGCCUGGUGCUGGCAAGGGCCAGGCUCAAGCCAGAGCAUCUUCAAAGGCUGCCGAUCAACCCAUCAACGCCUCCAUGGCUGCCAUUAACAGCACCAUGCCUGCAUCAUCUACCUUCAGCUCACCUAUGGCUGCUUCGAUGAUUGCCUCUUCGGUCAGCUCUUCUGGUCUUGCGAAGAGCUCCAGUUCAGUCAAGUCGGCCCCCGGACCAGUGACCCACAAGCCUUCAACAACCCACAUGCCUUCAUCUGUUGCCCAGAAGGUAUCCUCAAAGAAGGCCUCUGUCUCGUCCAAGAAGGUUUCUAUGCCCUCCAAGGUCUCCUCCAAGAAGGUCUCCGUCUCAUCCAAGCAUUCCUCUGCGAAAGCUUCAGUCUCAUCUAAGCACUCCUCUGUCAAAGCUUCGAUCUCCUCAAAACACUCUUCGGUCAAGGCCUCUGCUUCGUCCAAACACUCGUCCGUCAAGGCCUCGGUCUCUGCCAAGAAGCCCGCUUCAACAUUGAAGACCACCACGAAGCCCAAGUCUCGCUCCAAGAAGCCUGCUUCUCAACCCCAGUCGACAAAGAAGACUGGCAGUUCCAAGAAGCCUGUGUCAACUGGCAAAGCUGCUGGAAAGUCUGAGACCAAGAAGGCAUCAGAGACCAAGCAUGCUGCAUCUACUCAGCACGCUUAG